CGAGCUCCCAGUUCGACUCGAGCUACAGCCUCGACCGCGCGCACAUCCACCUACUUCGGGCCCUCUCUCUUUUCUGCCGACUCGCGUACCUCUUUCACUUUCUGUCCGUUUGUUCGUUUCUUUUUUUCUUUAAUAUAUAUAUAUUUUUUUCUUCUCCGUUGUCUCCUCGCGACGGCGUGCCUUUUUUUGUUCGUGUGUAUUUUUGCUGGUGCGUGAAUAAAUACGUGGAUACGUACACCAAAGGUGCAGGCGUAGUGUGUACUUGCCAUAGCAUACGCGAUUACAUUGUGCAACAGUCGAGGUACGAUGGGUUACGACACGGAAAUGGACGGCUGCGGCCGCUUCAUGAAGUACUCCCUCUUCGCCGUGAAUUUCAUCAUAUUCAUCAGCGGAGUAACGCUAACUGGCCUGGCGAUCUAUUCAUUGGUCGAAAAGGUGAACUACGUGAGCGAGCUCACGGGUAACAAUCUGCUCACAGGGACCGUCUACGUGCUCCUCGUCGGUGGCAUCAUCGUCUCGCUCAUCUCCUUCUUCGGCUGCCUCGGUGCUGCUAAGGAGAUCAAGUGCUUCCUCUUUAUGUACUUCAUCAUAAUCCUGAUGCUGUUCGUCGUCAUCCUGAUCGGGGGUAUACUGGGCUACGUAUUCCGGGAGAAGUUCGUCGACACUCUGCAGCAGCAGAUGCGCAACUCGAUGCAUCUGUACAAGGAGAAGCGCGAGAUCACGGAGGCUUGGGACUACGUGCAGUCGAAGCUCCACUGCUGUGGAGUCGACAGCUGGCAGGACUGGUCCAGGUAUCUCAACGAGGUGCCACUCAGCUGCUGUCGCGAAAUGACCGAAGGAAAGCCGAUCAUCUGUAACCGGUACAUGGACUCGGUCAACCAGUACAACGCGUACCCCUGGGGUUGCGUCGAAGCAACCAAGACCUUCAUGCAGAAACACGCCGCCGUACUUGGUGGUGCUGGCUUCGUCGUUGCUUUCCUUAUGUUCAUCGGGAUGAUAUUUUCCUGCGCGCUAUUCAAAAUGAUAUAGUGAGACAAAGCAUGGGAAGUAUAAGCAGGAGGUGAAAUGAAGGAAACCACUACCAGCAACGCGAAAGAUGAAACGAUUUUUCCAAUGUCCGUCCAUCGCGCGCACAAUUUGCGAGAAAAUUUACGACGUCCGUCAACCAGAUGUCGAUCGUCAUGAUAUGACCCCCAUCAACGCGAGCCAUCAACAGUUUUAAAUAUGUUACAUAUUAUACAUUCGUAAGGAUCUGCAAUUGAAUCUCGUUUACGAGCCAAUGCUAUGAUAUAUAUAUAUGUGUGUUUGCACAAUUGUAUAACGUGUAUUAUGAUGUUCUUGAUGUGUGUGAAUUUACAAGUAGCCGAGAGACUUUUGUUGUUGCUACUGUGUUUCUACGAGUAAUUUACGUAAAGAGACCUUUUUGUUAUUUGACAUGAAUUUUUCUGACGUGACUUUCGGUAUUUAUGUUUUUUUUACAGCAAAUCUGCCGAUGAUAAGGCUUACUUUUUUACACAUGUAAAUUCAUCCGAUUGAAAGAUGUUUGCCAGUAUCAUGUGAUUGCAAUAUUUUUUGAGAGAACACAUACCGCAUUUUUUAUUAGUAUAUCUGCAAUUUUUUACGCAAACAAAAAGUGUUUAUUUGUAAUCGUUAAUCGUGAGAGUAAAUAUUAAAAUUUAUUAUUGUAGUGUAAUAUCGUUGCAUCGUUGCUUUAAUUGAUUUAACAGUAACGAAAAAUGUUUUUGUACAGUUUUUUUUUUUUUUUUUUUUUUCUUUUAGAAGUCUGUAUAAAUGGCUAACAACUGAUUGCUGUUUUUGUCUAAAUAAUAUAUUAUUGUAAAGAAUACAAGAGUUACCACGAGAAUAUUACAUUUUGUAAAUGCCAGAAUUACUUUCUACGUGAGCCGCAACUGAACUAUUUGCAAUUAUGUUUAGUAGAAAAUUAACUGUAGUAUCUGAGUUUUAGUACAAUGACGAGUACUUUUGGCAAGUUAUUUUAUAAAAUGAAGUUAGGAACAAACAACGAAUUAACGUAUUCAUAUUGAGUAAAAAAAUUAAAAAUAACUGCGUAUAAAGUAUACUAUUAUUUUUUCUGUUUUUGCCGUGUGAGACUUUAUUCGAAUUAAUAAAUUUUACAUUUCAAGUAUUAUAUAUUCAUUGUUUAUGUAGGUAUCUGACAUUAUUAGUAAAUCCGAAUAAGCUUACAUUGCCACUUCAUUACGUAACUCCGAUGUAAUGUCUGUUAUCUGGAUACCGUGUUGUUAUGUACGUUUCAGUGCUCACAAAAGUGACGUGCAAUCACGUUUAUCUGUAACCUUUAAGACCCAAUUGCCCAGUGUUGUAACUCAGCUUUCGAAGUGAUGUACCUUUUUAAAAAUUUUAAUGUUGAUACCUCGAGAAUUUGUAAAUAUAUUUUGAGAAUUUAGACAUUAAACGUGUGUUUUUAAAUUCUA